AUGCAGCUCCUGAAGGCAUCCGGCCGCCACGGGCGCCUGGCGGCCACUCUGACCAGCAUCUUACUGGUCCUUCCCGCGAGCGCUGCCCCAGGCUACCGCCGCAGCGACCAGCAGCAAGAUCGGAAUGGACAAACUGACCCAUUCGCCGUCCUCGACCCUCAAAACUGGGUCAACCCGGACAAUAUGACCUGGGACGAUUGGCGAACUCCUCCUGGUACCAAUUGGGCUGAUCCGUCCAGAAAGGGCUCCGUUCGCAAUUUCAACAUCGCCCUCGUCACCGUCGACUACUCAGACAAGGAGUUCACCGUCACCAGGGAGCCUCAUUCGGACCCCUUCGGCAAUCCGCAACCGAGUGCGGCCAAUAUAAGGCGCGAAGAUGUAACCGCAUUCUACCGUGACUUCCUCAAUAAGCCCGGCGAGCUCAACAUGGGACAUACCCUCCAUGAGUACUGGAUGGGCGAUUCGGGCGGCCGUUACGGUGUUGAUCUGACAGCGUUUGGUGUCUACCGGCUGCCCUUGCUGUCAUAUCAGUACGGAAUUAGUGACAGAAUGAACCUGGGCGCAUGCCCCGUGGAAGGCGCAUGUAACAUCGAGAUUCGUGGAGAUGCGCUCCGUGCCUGGCGUGAGGAUGUCGGUGACGAGAAAGCCGACUCCUUUGAGCUUGUUUUCAUCCUUUCGGCUGGCCAGGACGAGUCUGCCACUUGGCAGGAAUUUGGCGAAAUGAAAUUUCAAACACCAGAGGAUGUCACCGAUGAGUUCGGCCCCCCUAAGAAUGGCAAUGGAUCACACACCAAUUACGCGCGCACCCGAUACGUUGAGUGGACAUCAUGGGCGUCCGCCUCAACAAUCUGGCCUAACGCUGGUGACGGCUCAUCCACGCAGGCUGAGAGCUCUGGCAUGGGCACAUUCGCCCACGAACUCACGCACUUGCUCAAUAUUGGAGAUAACUACAACAAUCCGUACGGCAACCCGAUUCGCCGCUCGUAUACCGGACCGUGGUCAAUGAUGUCUCGAGGAUCUUUCAACGGCCCUGGAGGACCACACUCUCGCUGGCAGGUUCCACCAGUGCAGGGAAGCUCUAUGGGGUCGCUGCACACUGUUCGUGACAAGGCUAAGCUUGGAUUGGUCGACAAUAAGAGCAUUCUUCACGUGUCGCGCGAGGCGCUGGCCGACUCGGGCCUUAUCGUUGCCCGUGUUACAGCCCGUGCGAUAAACCCAGGGGAGUCGGAACUGAUCGGUGUUCGCAUCGUCAUGGAUGCAGACAACUCACCACAUUGCGAUAUUGAAACUGACCCGUUCUGCGAUGGCAACGACUACGAUAACUACGAACUCGAAGUGAUUGACCGCAUGGGCGCCGACUCCUUCACUCCAGACUCCGGCGUCAUGAUCAGCAAGACCAGGACCGAGGCGUUCGGCGAUUAUCAGUGGACCAUUGACGCGAACCCGCAGGAUAUUGAGCUCCUCGACUUCUAUCGCCCAGACGGCACCCCGGUGAUGAUCACCAUUGGCGACUACCGCCAGCUGGCUGACGCGCUCUUCCAUGCUGGCACCCGUUCGGGCAGUGAGUACGAAUAUAAGGAUGAAGCUAAUCGCCUCCACUUCUAUAUCGUUGAUAUUCACCGCGACGAAGAGGGCGUUCUCUCAUACACGGCUGCAGUCCGAUCACUCGACCAGGGUAAAGACCCGCACAAGCACGGCGCCCGUCUCUCCCUGGGAAAACCCAAAACCGCCGGGGACAACAAACCAACCCGCGGGGGACUGACCUGCUCAUUCAACCUCCGCAACACUGGCUCCUAUUCAUCCGACGCAGAGAAGGUGGAGCACCCACAGGAUGUCUCGGGAUUCCUCAAGUCCGAUGUGUACCGCCUCAAAGCUACAGUGAAGGGUGACGGCUGGAAGGUAGAGUUGCCAAACGCACUCGCCGCAGCUGAGUUUGGCGAGUCGACGACGGUCAACGUUGCUGUGGCCGCGGAAUCAUCCGCGUCCCUGAUUGCGGUCGUCAAACUGACUGCCACGUCGGAGUCCGAUCCGUCCGUCUCCGCGACCGGGCUCUGCUUUGUGAAUAAACUUGUGAACUAA